AUGAGCGGCUUCCCUUUGGAGAAUGUUCAUUGGAAUCGAUUCAAGGGCAGCUACAUGUGGAACAAUAUUUACCAUCUGCGACGCACGAAGUUCAUUGUUUACCAACUCGCGACACUAUUCACUUGCGUCUGCAAUUCUAUAGGAGUAGCGCUCCUUACAGAUUACAAUGAUUCGCAAGCCGGCGUCCAGGAGGCAGAUCCGAGCAUCUAUGUCUACAACAACGAUCUAAUCGGAGCCAUGGCCUUCAACGUGUGGGCAUGCGUGUUCGUCGCAGUUGUCUUCACUCCGGCGUUCAUCCUGGACCUCAUCUGGCCGGAGCGAAUCGAAAGCGCAAGAGCGCGCCUGACCUGGAAGAUUGGCAGCGUUCUCUCGUGCAUCUUCAUGAUUGCUUCCGCCAUAACGCUGACUGUGAUCGUCGCAACUCACUGCGGUUACAUCACCGGAGACAUUGUGCGAGGACAACAAUUACUUGACUUGUAUGUCAAGGACAAUGGCACGCCGCUCUGCUAUCGACGCAACGCACGCUCGGUUGUGGUAGUAAUCUUUGCGUGGCUGUCUUUCGUGGUCGUCUUCGCGAGGUGCGUCCCAAUGGUGCGUCCCGUCAGAAAUUCGCGCGGUUCACUAACACAUUUCGCAUAG